CUUUUUGCCCUUUUUUCCCUCCUUUAGGCCGCACGAUGUACGCCGUGCCCUUCAGCAUGGGCCCUCUGGGGUCGCCCCUGGCGCGCACGGGGCUGCAGCUCACCGACUCCCCCUACGUGGUGGCCUCCAUGCGCAUCAUGACCCGCGUGGCCCCGCCCCGCGACCUCCCCGACCUCGCUUCCGGGGACUUCGUCCAAUGCCUGCACUCUGUCGGCAGGCCCCUCCCCCUCACCGAGCCCCUCGUUAGCCGCUGGCCCUGCGACCCGGCCCGUACUUUGGUAGCCCACCACGUGGCUACCUAA